AAGUGGUUCCAGUUCCGAAGUGGUUCAGUGAAGUCUCUACGAUCAAAAUGAAGUUCGCAGUGUGCAUUGCCUCGAUCGGGCUUCUGGUGGCAGUGUUUGGUCCGAGCGGCACACAGGCAGCCAUCGCCGCAGUGGCACCGCCGGUUCUAGCGGUCAACACCAACUACGAUCCCCUGCCACAGUACAGCUACGCGUACAACGUCCAAGACGCACUGACGGGCGACACCAAGAGCCAGCAAGAGACGCGAGAUGGCGACAUCGUACGAGGUUCGUACUCGCUGGUGGAACCGGACGGCACGCUGCGCAUUGUUCACUACACUGCCGAUCCCGUCAAUGGCUUCAAUGCCGUGGUCCAGCGUGGUCCCGUCGUUCCGGUGGCCGCCGGCCCAGCCCUUGUCCCAGCCGCGACGGUAGCCCGCGUAGCGCUCGGUUAG